AUGCCUAGAUUCUCCGUCGGUUUCGGUAGGCGGAAGUCCACCGCCGCCGAAGACGUUUUCCAGAAUGUCGAUGUGGCCUCCAACGAACCAUCGUCAUUCCGAGUGCUCGAAAGAACAGACGUGUCAGCGGGCAAGUCGUUUGACGGUGGUGUGAGGAUGGGCAUGGGCCGGGCGACGACCAGCACGGUUUAUCAGAAGCCAAACUUGUCGCAGAGCUCCGUCGAGGACAAUAUGUUUGCUGACCUCAAACCAUCGAACCGGGGCAGUGGGUCUUCCAAUACGACCAAAACAGCUUCGACGGACGCAUCGUCGCGCCAUAGCAACGUUUCUACUGCACCCUCUUCAGCCGACUUCGCUCAACAAGGCCAUCACGAAGAAUGGAAAGGCGCAACUAAGAAGUCACAAGGCGACAUGGCUGGCCCAGCUCCUCCCAAGUCCGGCUCACGAGGCUUUCUCGAUCGAGCAGGCCGGACGUUCUCGUUCGGCGGUCAGAAGAAGAACCUGCCCCCCGUCCCUUCCGUCGAUAAUCACCCGCUGCCCGUUCCACCGAACCAGGAGCACGAUGGACUGAGCGGCCGCCCCCGGGGAUUGACUUCAUCCACUUCCAGCACAGCGACCCCUCCCAAAAUACACGAAGACCAAGACUUCUCUCUUGACAUGGGCAGCGACUUUGGGCAGAUGUUCGACAACAAAUUCAAACGAAACAGUGCCAUGACCCUACGAGCCAUGGCACAAGACGAUGCCCACAAGAUCGCUCAGAGCGGCAACCAUCAUUCCCAGAACCAGAACCGUGCCAGCCAUUUGGUGCCGGCUCCCAUUCAAAUUGACAAGACGGCCAAGGUCGAGGCUUCGCCUUACUCUUGGAGCAGUCAACACUCAAACGACAAUCUCCUCAACGCCAACUCCAAUCAGGGCUCUCCCCUCUUCGACCAAGUGCCGCCGCCGGUACCUCGCCAUGAUUCUCCCCACAGCUACGCGCCGACAAAGAGGCCGUCGGACAUCAUCGAGGAUGAGGAUGCCAACCUGCUCAAGGACUCCAUGGCCGCCAGCCGCUUCCUUGGCACCAGUCCCAACUUUGCUGCGCCGUCUUCGCAGCAACCGAGAAACUACAGACAACCGGAAAGCACCUCGAGCUGGAGGAACACUGCACCAGAGAAGAAGGCGGGCGAAGACAACAUGUUCGAGGGAAGCCUUGCACACUCUUCACGUGUCGCCAGCCGCUACGUCUCGAGAGCCCCCAGCCCUCCACGUAAUAAGGUCAUGACGCCCGCUCAAUUCGAAAGGUAUAGGCAAGACAAGGAACGACAGAACAGCGGAGGUCCUGUCAGUAAGUCGCCAGUGGAACAGCAGGACGACGAGGAGGAUAAUUACGAGGACGACGAGGACGAUAUCGAGAAGGCGAAACAGGCCGCGAAGCAGCGCAGGAAGCAAGAGGCUCACAUGACUGUCUACCGGCAACAGAUGAUGAAGGUCACAGGUGAAGCCGCCAACCCCCUGCCUUCGCGCCCCAACAUCAGCACCUCGCUGAGUACGCCAAACCUGGGCAGCCUCGCUCCACCACCAGGACACACCCCUGGGACCUCUGACGAGGAUGAGGAUGAGGAGGUUCCGCUGGCCAUCCUCGCUGCCCACGGGUUCCCCAGCAAAGCCAGAGCUCCCAGCCGCAUGAGUCACAUGGCAUCGAACCCGGAUAUUCGUGCGUCCAUGAUGCAGAUGCCCCAACAAGGCAGGCCAGGCUCUAGCAUGGGCGAUCCUUCUGCCGCCCGCAAGGGAGGUCACCUGCCCGCCUUUGCCAGAAAGCUCCCCCAGGACCCGUUUGUGGGUGCCGGUCUUGUCAAUGGACCUCCUCGCGAGUCGAUGAACUUCUCGGGAGGCGCGCCGGCGCCCCAAUCGCCCGGAGCUCUGCCGCCUGGAGGACUUGUUGGCGUGAUUGCCAGCGAAGAACGUUCCCGCGCUAUGCGACGUGGUAGCCCGCAUGUGGAUGCGCACCACUUCGCCGGAGGCCAGCAGAACGGAUUCCCUGGAGGCGGAUUUGACCCUCUAGCAGGUAUCCCCCCUCAGAUGAUGUAUGGCAUGCCUCAGAUGCCUCAGCAAAUCUCAGUUGGCGAGCAGGCCCAAGUCCACAUGACCCAGCAGAUGCAGCAAUUCAUGCAGAUGCAGAUGCAGUUCAUGCAGAUGAUGGCCGGCAACCAAGCGAACGGCGGCCGCCCCAUGAGCCACAUGCCUACGCCUUCCGAAAUGGGUGGCUCUCGCCAGUCCUUCGUGGGCGACGGCAUGUCACCGAUGAUGAUGGAACCGCCUCAAAUGGGGCUCGACCCCCGCAUGCGAACAAUGAGCAUGGUGCAGCCCAGCUCCGACUCGUGGAUUCAGCCUGGCGCCGGCGGCUAUGCGCCGUCGAUCCACGCGCAAGGCGCAGGGUAUGCUCCCUCGAUCGCCCCCUCGGAGCGCAGCAACAUCGGCUUACCCGGCCGCUACAGGCCCGUCUCACAUGCGCCGCAAGUUCCCGCCCAUGGCCAAAGUCAGGGCUCCGUAUACGACUUCCAGUCCAACCCUGCCCGCACGUCAACCAUGUCCGGCGCCAUCAGCGGAUGGGAUCAGACCACGAUGAAGGCACUGCAGGGCAAGACGCCCUCGCCGCCGCUGCCGAAGACGAGCACGCUCCGCAAGGUGGAGGAUGACGAUGACGACGACGAGGGCUGGGAGGCCAUGAAGGCCAAGCGUGAGAAAAAGCGCUCCAUGUGGCGGUCUAAGAAAUCGAUUGGCAGCGAACUCGGCGCCUUCAUCUCGUGA